AUGACUGUAAGUGGCAUGACUAUAAGUGGCAAGUCUGUAAGUGGCAUGACUGUGAGUGGCAUGACUGCGAGGGGCAUGACUGUAAGUGGCAAGACUGUAAGUGGCCAGACUGUAAGUGACAAGUCUGUAAGUGGCAUGGCUGUUGAAAUCGAUGACGUGAACGACAACGCUCCCAUCUUCACGGGUCCCACGUACGUGAACGUGCACAGAAAAAACAUCGAAGGCUUCACGAGUUUUUUUAACCUAACCGACCUCGACGUCUGGAGUGUUGGCCAUGGACCUCCUUUCUCCGCCCAGCUUGAUCCAAGGGCUCCCAGCUUCAUAAGAAAGGCUGUCAGUGUCGCAUAUAAGAGAGGGCGGCCCGCCAUGACAGGCACCGUGUCCCUCACCAUCGCCGUCGUCAGCGAGGACAGCCCCAUAGCUGUCAGGGACGUCACUCUUGUUGCUCUCAACUCUGAGAUGGAAAUCGGACAAGCCAUUCCUCUAGGCUCAGUUUCCUCAAAAGAGUCUAGCAAAGCAGAAUAUUCUUGGUCGAGAUCCCACAAGUAUUUUGUGCUGGACAAAAGAUCAGGAAACUUGUUUGCUGAAGCUUCAACUCCUUCUGGCAGCUACGGUCUGAGCAUCGCCAUCCAUGAGCCGCCUGCGCCUGACGUGCAGGCGAGCCUCAACGUGGCCGUGGGGCGGCAGGCGAGGCACCAGGCGCUCCACAGCACGCCUGUCGAUGUCGCGGCUAAACCCGCGGCGUUGAUCGAUACCACGCAGACUGGCACUUCACUUCUCAAUGCACUCGAGGUGACUCUCACGCGAAUAAGAUGGCGCGCAAGUCACGGAUUCCCUUUGAAUUUGACAGCCGCUGAAUUUUUGACUCAUGAACCCAGGACUCCCUCGGUUAAAGUUGUAUCGCUAGAAGGAAUCCGACAAAACUCAGACGAACAUGUCUCCAGAGUCUGGCUCGCAGACUCUACCAAAACGUCUUUAGAAUUGUUCAUCGCUUUGAAUAAAGCAGAGAUAGAAGAGCACCUCGGGCUCAGUAUUCUGGGGUCUGGGAUGAGCAGAGCAGGCACUCUAGACUGCGGCAGGUCUUGCGAAUGUUGCUGCAGUCCCCGCACGGUCUUGUCUGAAGGCUACUCAAUAACUCAGACUCCGUCUGCCACCUUUGUCGGUCCGAUCCUGAGCCUAGACUCCAAUUGCAAAUGCAUAAGUAAUUCGACGGUCAGUGAAGUGAACCCAACAUUGGACGAUCAGAUUGGCGGAACAUUAGGUUUAUCUCCCAGGCUUGCAGAGGAGCAAUCCUUGAACGAUCAAAGGCAAGAAGGGGCGGCGACCCGAGCGCCUUAUGCUCACGCUAUGAGGAACAAGCGCGUCAACGGAAAACUUGUUGAUUGCCAUGAAAAUACCUGCCUUAAUGGAGGCAUGUGCCUGCCUUCUGCUCCUGGAUACAAGUGCGUCUGCCCCAGCCACACGAUUGGGCCUCGUUGCAAAAUCCUGACUCGGCACUUUGCCGGGAGCGAUGCGGGAGGCUCUGGGUCAUGGCUUUGGCUUCAACCUUUAAACCCUUGCUCAAAACUUCAGCUACGCUUAUUUUUACUCACCGACUCAAAGAAUGGAACCGUACUCUCCAGCGUUGAGAAGCACGGAAAUAGGAGAGUGGGUCUGGUACUUCAACUAACAGAAGGAAAGCCGCUUUUUCGUUUGUCCCUCAACUCUGCCGCUGUUGACGUGAGCGUCAAUACUUCUCUAGCAGACCUACGGUGGCAUCGUGUGGACAUUUUCUGGCGAAAUAAAACAGUCGAGAUGAUCAUCGACAACUGCGUAGGACAGGCCACUGAAAAUACAACAGAAGAAGACCGCGGUCCCGGCCUAGAAGAAGACCGCGGUCCCGGCCUAGAAGAAGACCGCGGUCCCGGCAUAGAAGAAGACCGCGGUCCCGGCCCGUCCAAACAAUUCUACUGCAGAAAUGCUAUGCACGCGCAAGAUUUGACUGGACAACUCAACACACGAGGCGCGCCUUUGCAACUCGGAGCCAUGGACGCAAGUUCCAGUGAUGCAUUGCACGAGAAUAAUGGUGAAAAACAAUCCUACUUCAAAGGAUGUCUCAGGAAUAUACGACUCAAUGGAGAGCUCUUGGAUUUGGGAGAAAAUGUGCCCAGUAAUCGAUCAGAGCCUGGCUGUGUCUAUCAGAACUGCGCAGCUCUGCGCUGCCCAGCGAACUCCAAGUAUACUGGAACAGAUGCAUGGGAGAACAAGUACAGGGUGGGCGAAGCGACCGUCAUAGUGCGCAUAUUAGACGUUAACGACAACGCUCCAUCAUUCGAAAAAGUUCAGCAAAGCGUGCGGAUCAGCGAAGACGCGCCACUUGGAACGGUGGUGGCAAAAGUGCCUGCCUUCGAUCUGGACGAAAACCUCUUUAUGUCGAGAACACAGAACAGGAAUGGCUUGGUUCGCUACAGCCUCGCUGGUAGGAGAGGAUCAAGUCCUCACUUCGGCAUCGACCACACAGGGACCAUCAGGACCAUCGGCCUAGUGGACAGAGAGGCCAUCAGCAAGCACAGCCUAGUGGUUCAUGCCACUGACCACGGAGUGCCGCCGCGCCAGUCGUCCGCUACUGUAACUGUAAGUGGCGAGACUGUAAGUGGCACGACUUCGUCCGCUACUGUAACUGUAAGUGGCAUGACUGCAAGUGGCAAGACUGUGAGUAGCAAAACUGUAAGUGGCAAGACUGUAAGUGGCAAGACUGUGAGUGGCAUGACUGUAAGUGGCAUGGCUGUAAAUGGAAUGACUGUGAGUGGCAUUACUGUGAGUGGCAAAAGUAUAAGUGACAGGACUGUAAGUGGCUUGACUGUGAGCGGCAUGACUCUGAUUGGCAUGACUGUAAGUGACAAGACUGUAAAUGGCAGAACUGUAAGUGGCAAGACUGUAAGUGGCAAAACCGUUGAAAUCGAUGACGUGAACGACAACGCCCCCAUCUUCACGGGCCCCACGUACGUGAACGUGCACAGAAAUAACAUCGAUGGCUUCACGAGUUAUUUUAACCUGACCGACCCCGACGACUGGAGUGUUGGCCAUGGACCUCCUUUCUCGGCCCAGCUUGAUCCAAGGGCUCCCAGCAUCAUAAGAAAGGCCGUCAGUGUCGCAUAUAAGAGAGACUCCGCGGGCGGCGUAGGCAGCAUAAAAAUAAAGCGCCGCCUCGACAUGGACGCGCCGGCGUCGUUCGUGGUGCCGGUGCUGACAGCUGACGGGGGGCGGCCCGCCAUGACAGGCACCGUGUCCCUCACCAUCGCCGUCGUCAGCGAGGACAGCCCCAUAGCUGCCAGGGACGUCACUCUUGUUGCUCUCAACUCUGAGAUGGAAAUCGGACAAGCCAUUCCUUUAGGCUCAGUUUCCUCAAAAGAGUCUGGCAAAGCAGAAUAUUCUUGGUCGAGAUCCCACAAGUAUUUUGUGCUGGACAAAAGAUCAGGAAACUUGUUUGCUGAAGCUUCUACUCCUUCUGGCAGCUACGGUCUGAGCAUCGCUAUUUAUGAGCCGCCUGCGCCUGACGUGCAGGCGAGCCUCAACGUGGCCGUGGGGCGGCAGGCGAGGCACCAGGCGCUCCACAGCACGCCUGUCGAUGUCGCGGCUAAACCCGAGGCAUUGAUCGACACUACGCAGACUGGCACUUCACUUCUCAAUGCCCUCGAGGUGACUCUCACUCGACUAAGAUGGCGCGCAAGUCACGGAUUCUCUUUGAAUUUGACAGCCGCUGAAUUUUUGACCCAUGAACCCAGGACUCCCUCGGUUAAAGUUGUAUCGCUAGAAGGAAUCCGACAAAACUCAGACGAACAUGUCUCCAGAGUCUGGCUCGCAGACUCUACCAAAACGUCUUUAGAAUUGUUCAUCGCUUUGAAUAAAGCAGAGAUAGAAGAGCACCUGGGGCUGAGCAUUCUGGGGUCUGGGAUGAGCAGAGCAGGUACUCUAGACUGCGGCAGGUCUUGCGAAUGUUGCUGCAGUCCCCGCUCGGUCUUGUCUGAAGGCUACUCAAUAACUCAGACUCCGACUGCCACCUUUGUCGGUCCGAUCCUGAGCCUAGACUCCAAUUGUAAAUGCAUAAGUAAUUCGACGGUCAGUGAAGUGAACCCAACAUUGGACGAUCAGAUUGACGGAACAUCAGGUUUAUCUCCCAGGCUUGCAGAGGAGCAAUCCUUGAACGAUCAAAGGCAAGAAGGGGCGGCGACCCGAGCGCCUUAUGCUCACGCUAUGAGGAACAAGCGCGUCAACGGAAAACUUGUUGAUUGCAAUGAAAAUACCUGCCUUAAUGGAGGCAGGUGCCUGCCUUCAGCUCCUGGCUUCAAGUGCGUCUGCCCGGGCCACACGAUUGGGCCUCGUUGCAAAAUCCUGACUCGGCACUUUGCCGGGAGCGAUGCGAGAGGCUCUGGGUCAUGGCUUUGGCUUCAACCUUUAAACCCUUGCUCAAAACUUCAGCUACGCUUAUUUUUACUCACCGACUCAAAGAAUGGAACCGUACUCUCCAGUGUUGAGAAGCAGGGAAAUAGGAGAGUGGGUCUGGUACUUCAACUAACAGAAGGAAAGCCGCUUUUUCGUUUGUCCCUCAACUCGGCCACUGUUGACGUGAGCAUCAAUACUUCUCUAGCAGACCUACGGUGGCAUCGUGUGGACAUUUUCUGGCGAAAUAAGACGGUUGAGAUGAUCAUCGACAACUGCGUAGUACAGCCCCUUGAAAAUACAACAGAAGAAGACCGCGGUCCCGGCCUAGAAGAAGACCGCGGUCCCGGCCUAGAAGAAGACCACGGUCCCGGCCCGUCCAAACAAUUCUACUGCAGAAAUGCUGUGCACGCGCAAGAUUUGACUGGACAACUCAACACAAGAGGCGCGCCUUUGCAACUCGGAGCCAUGGACGCAAGUUCCAGUGAUGCAUUGCACGAGAAUAAUGGCGAUAAACAAUCCUACUUCAAAGGAUGUCUCAGGAAUAUACGACUUAAUGGAGAGGUAGCUCCUGAUAGUGGGAGGGGCUGGCAGAUGGUGAAAAUAGAAGGGCGAACAGCUGGUGAUGGUGCUGAGCUCAGGAGUCUGGUCCCUCUUGAUUAUGAAAACCCUGACCUCAAGGACGGCUUGAGAUUCCAAGUUCAAGUCACCGAUCAGGGAACGGAUGCAUGGGAGAACAAGUACAGGGUGGGCGAAGCGACCGUCAUAGUGCGCAUAUUAGACGUUAACGACAACGCUCCAUCAUUCGAAAAAGUUCAGCAAAGCGUGCGGAUCAGCGGAGACGCGCCACUUGGAACGGUGGUGGCAAAAGUGCCUGCCUUCGAUCUGGACGAGGUGAGCAAACGAGGAACGCUGCCUGGACGACGUGCGUGUGAGCGGUCGACGGCUGCCGAUGCCCCCGGCCCUGAACGCCACCCGCUGGGGGGCCGUGGAGGCUGCGCUGGACCUGGCGUCGGGGUGCGUGCCACCUUCAGCCUGCGUCAACGCCACCUGCUCUCCGCCCUACAAAUGCCUGGAUACUUGGAAGCAGUUCAAGUGCGAGUAAGAAGCAUCUUUGUCUGCGGCGAGGGCUUCCAGCUUAGUCCCGACGGCUCCUCCUGUCUGGAUGUGGACGAGUGUCGCUACGAGCCUUGCCUCAACUUCGCCUCGUGCUCAAACUCGGUGCCAGGCGUGGCAUCCACGCUGUUAUAG